AUGUUAAAUCAAUUUACCGAAGGUCCUAACGUAAGACAGCAACGGAAUUCCAUGACACAUAGUAUAUUGUCAUCCGAUCAAGAAGAUAGUGGAAAUGGAACAAAUUUUGAAGGAGUAUCAGAUAACGAUGCACAUCCAGAUAGAGAUCCAACGGUUGAUAUGGUUCAACGACCUGUCUUUGAAGGCAUUCGUAUGGAUCUUGUACGAUCAAAAAAUCCAUGGUUACGAUUAUUUGCUGAAUGCGUUAGCGAAUUAUUAGGCACAAUGAUACUUGUUUUAGUUGGUUGUAGUGGUAUUGCACAAUAUGUUCUAAGUCGAGGAGUAUUAAGUAGUUUUUUAUCGGUAAAUUUUGCAUUUGGAUUUGGAGCAUUAAUUGCUGUCUACGUUGCGGGACCUGUGUCCGGUGCACAUAUUAAUCCUGCCGUUUCAAUUGCAAUGCUUAGUUUAAGAUCAAUUACACCACUUCAAUGUUUAACCUAUGUUAUAUCGCAAUUUAUUGGAGCAUUUCUUGGUGCUGCUUUAGUGUUUGGAGCAUAUUUUGAUGCAAUAAACAGAUUUGAUGAUGGACAUAGACAAGUUACUGGUAAUCAAGCAACAGCUGGUAUAUUUGGUACAUAUCCUGCUCAAGGUGUCAGUCAAAUAACAUUAUUUUUUGAUCAAGUACUGUCAACGGGCUUAUUAUUAAUUUCAUUGUGUGCGCUGAGUAAUAAACGUAAUAAAUUAGUGGCAAAUUCAUUAAUACCAAUAGCGGUAGCAUUUACUAUAAUUUCAAUUGGAGUAGGAUUUGGAUUCAAUUGUGGAUUUCCCAUAAAUCCUGCACGUGAUUUUGGGCCUCGUAUAUUUACGUUGUGUGUAGGUUAUGGCUCAGAGGUGUUUAGUGUUGGUAAUUAUUAUUUUUGGAUUCCUCUUAUUGGUCCAAUAUUUGGUGCAUUAAUCGGGGCAUGGAUUUAUCAUGGAUACAGUAAAUUAAUGAAAAUACAUAUUGGAGAAGAUGAUAAGCAAAUACAACAUGCAAGAUAUCAAAUCGAUCAAUUUAAUACAACACGAAUGUAA